AUGGAUACAUUGCUUCUCGAAGCGAGGCUCACUAACAACGGCGUCAUUGCCGUGGAGGCAGAACCCAUCACGGACGAUGGGUCCGACCACCAGCCGCAGCAACAGCUAAUGCAGACGACGUCAAUUGGCUCCUCGCCAACAAGUGUAGACGUUAUCAGUAAUAGCACCAGCAGCGGCAGCGGCGCGUCAGCUCUGACAGCACGAUCGACGUCCUACGAUCUGAGCAUCUCGGAGCAGCUCGUCGUACAGCUCUUCAUGGACGAAGUGCACAGCAAGGAAAAGGAGAUGGCUGCAGCCAUCGCUGCGGAAGCGGCCAGGGAGCCAGAGGAAGGACACGGCGACGUCUUGGCAACCAUGACUGAGGACGACUCACAAUGGCCCACCUACAGCAGCUCUGCUGCCGGGCGCCGUGGUGCGAGGAGGAUUGGAUGCGAGGAGCUGGCCGCGCCGUCGACGAUGGCCUUCCUACUCUUGGCUGCCGUUCUCGUGUUCAACGUGCUGCUCGCCGUGGUCUACUACGAAGAACGGACGUGGCUGUGCGUGGCGACGGCAGGCCUGAUGCAUGCACCAUCACUGUUGUUCUUCGUGGCCCGCUUCUACACGGUGACCGUCCUGGCAAGCGUCAAGGAAACCUUCAUGAGGGCUCUGGUGCUCAUCUGGUACUCGGUCACGCUGCCACUACUCCAUCUCAUGCCACUUUUCACGCUGUCGUCCGUGCUGUUCGACAAGGUGAUGAUGAUGGUGGGCGACCCUUCGGACAUGCGCCUGUUCAUCGGCCGCCAGGAAGACGUGGCCUUCAGCGACCUGGUCUGGGUGGCCGUGCUGCGCGCCUUCCCGCAGGCGGUGCUGCAACUGUACCUGCUGCUCUUCCCUGGAGGUGCGGCCCUGCUGCGAGGCGACUGGCCCGACUACACCGCCUUUCUGCAAAUAGGAUCCGUGCUGUCCUGCGCGCUGCUGAUCGCAUGUGCGGCCACCUUCUACAGCAAGUACAUGGUUCGCGGCCGCGGCACCGACGAGGAAACCACGGAUGGAUCCGCCACCUACGAGACCACCACGACCGCCACCCCGCUACAGGACUGCGACGAAGAAGACACCGGCACGGGCUACCUGCUCAAGUUCGCCGCCUGGCUGCUCAUCGCGGUGGCGCGCAUCGUGGCCGGCAGCUCGCUGCUGGCCGCCUACUUCGGGCCGGCCGUACUGGCCCUGGCGCUGGCGCACGUGCCCGUAGUCCUGCUAUGGUCGCUGGUGUGUCGCACGCGCUACAGCGCAACCAAGUUUUUCGGCGACCUAGCAUUGGGACUCAUCACGCUCGUGUUUGUGCUCGACUACCGAGCCCUAAACCGCGAAGGGUUGGCCAGCACCAUGUCCGCUGUGGUCUAUUACUCGCCCCGAACAAGAGUUCGGGGCGAGUAA